UGGAAGGCUCCCAUGAGGUAAGCCCCGUCUCCCUGCGUCAUCUUCUUUUCCUGUAUUUCAGGUUAGUAACGUGAGAAAAUGCUAAUCAUAAGAUGUUAGUUUGAGCCGCACGUCUCCGCAGUUUUGGUUAGAGAUCCAAAGCUUUAAUUAACUGCAGAACAGUUCUUUAAAGUCAUGGCGGUAGCAGAUCUUUUGCUCCAGUCCUCCAGUUCUGUCUCCCUUCUGGGAGCUCUGGUGGUCCUGCUGCUUGUCUACAUCGUCUCCUCGUCCAGUUUUAAAAACAGGAAAGAGCCUCCAGGACCAAAACCACUUCCUCUACUUGGUCACCUCCCGUCGAUGGUGUUCAGAAAACCCCACACAGAAUUCCUGGAGUUGUCCAAGAAGUACGGAUCAGUGUUCACCAUCUAUCUGGGACCCAACAAAGUGGUGGUCUUGGCAGGAUACAAGACGGUGAAGGCAGCACUUGUCAGCCAUGCUGAUGUGUUCGGAGAAAGAACUCAAUGGCCGGUUGAACAGGAAAUCAAUCAGGGACAUGGCAUUAUAUGGUCCAAUGGACAUUCAUGGAAAGAGAUGCGGCAACUGGCCUUGAGUCACCUGAGAAACUUUGGGAUUGGAAAGAAGAUGUGGGAGGACAAAAUCAUUGAGGAAUGUGACUGCCUCAUUGAAGUCUUUAAGAAAUUCAAAGGAAAUGCAGGACAAGGAUUUGAUACGACUCCACCAAUAUACGAUGCAGUCGCUAAUAUAAUCUCCUCCAUGGUCUACGGCAGCAGAUUUGAAUAUGGAGAUCCAGUGUUCACAUCCCUGGUAGAACGCACAAGGAGACACAUGCACCUUUUGUUCUCCACUUCAAUGCAGAUGUACAACCAGUUCCCGUGGUUCUACAAGUUGUUUGCUAGAUGGACGGAAUUCUACAGACUGGGUGCUGCCAAUGUGAAACAGACCACGGAGCUGUGCCGUCUCUUGAAAGAGACCUUCGAUCCGCAUAUGUGCAGAGGCUUCGUGGACGCCUUUCUGGUCCGAAAGCAAAAUCUGAAGGAAUCUGGGAUUACCAACCAAAGCUUCUGCAACGAAAACCUUUUGGUGACGGUUAUGAAUCUGUUUACUGCCGGCCUUGAAACAACGUCAGGUACACUGAGAUGGGGACUUGUGUUUAUGGCCAAGUAUCCAAAGAUACAAGACCAGGUCCAGGGGGAGCUGAGCAGGGUGAUCGGACAUCGUCAGGUUAGGCUCGAGGACAGGAAGAACCUGCCCUUCACUGACGCUUUCAUUCACGAGACGCUGAGACUGGCCAACAUCGCCCCCAUGUCACUUCCUCGCAGAACCAGCAAAGACGUCACCUUCCAGGGUUACUUCAUUAAGAAGGGGACCACUGUGGUUCCUCUCCUGACCUCUGUCCUGAAUGAUGAGAGCGAGUGGGAGAGCCCAUACUCCUUUAAUCCUGCCCACUUCCUGGACAAAGAUGAAAAGUUUGUCAAGCGAGAUGCCUUCAUCCCUUUUUCUGCAGGCCGCAGAAGUUGUCCCGGAGAGACUCUGGCCAGGGGGAUGCUCUUCAUCUUCCUCACCACCCUCCUCCAGCACUUUCGCUUCAGUGUUCCUGCUGGUGUUUCAGAGGACGAGCUGAAUCCGAAUUCAUGUCUUGGCCUCAGCCUCAACCCCUUAUUUCAUGAACAGCCGUCGGCAGAAUGUGAGGAGGGCUUGAAAAUUUAAAAAACAUUUUAACAGAAACAAAAAAUGUUCAAAACUGCUCACGUUACAAACUGUCAUAUCAGUUCAGCAGGUGUUCACAUGUAAUAUUUGUCUGCAGUGUAAAAGUAAUAAGUAAUGAUACGAGAAGGAACUUUUAACUGGUUAUGAGUAGACUUGAUACUUACAUACACAUAACGCCAUCAGCUUUUUCUGAAUGAUCGAUAUAGUUAUUGCCUUAAUGCCUGUAGCCAAGGAAAACAUCCUCUCUGUACUCUGGUUGUACAACACAGCAACAACAGAAGCUACUUCAUUCAGUCCUUGAAGCAGGCUUGUAUUCACCUGUAUGCAGCACUGGCACUUUUUUUGUGAUUUUGUUCUUACAUGAGAGCACUCCUCACAAGCUACUCAAUUCUGUCCAAUCUUAUAUAUACGCCACUGUGUUACACAUUUGUUUGAGGGAAGCAUAUAUUCUUUAAAAGUAGUCAAAAUAUAGACAGGAGACUGUUUGAGGUGAGCUGGGAAAACAGGAUGUUUAUUUCUUGAUUUAAUCUGAAUUUGUUUUCUUCUUUAGUACAGGGUGAGGGUUAGGAUUAUUUUCAGGUACUUUACUUGAAUAUUUCCAUUUUCUGCUACUUUUCACUUCCUCUCCACUAAAUUUAUUUGAUCCAUCUAGUUACUAGUUACUUUACAGAUUUGUAUUAUAUUUUAUCUUUUAUUUACUCUCAGUGAUGUGUUACCAAUCAGUUAUUGCUGUAGGCGGGACAUUGUGUGAGAGGAUGUUGCCAAAGUAGCUCACUUGAAAUUAGUUUAUUUUAUCGGCAACCUGACAGAAAAAAAAAAAAAAAAAUCAUGGAUACAGAUAAUUGGAAAAUGCAGAAAAUGCCCUGAUAAUCAGUCUACCCCUACAUCUGAUGGCCUUGGAGGGUUGUCUCAUAGGUUUGUGUGAGUUUUUUAAUGUGUUAAAAUACAAAGGAUGAAUGCUAACCCUAACCUUAACCCAACGGGAGCAUCAGAGUACAAUGCAAUUCACCUUUAUCGGUCAGGGUUAAUGUUACGUUACAAGUUAUAUUUAGUUACAUGAUAUAUCUAUGCAUGUAUUGUUAAUGCCGUGUUAUGAUUUAAAUGUCAUCAUUCAUGUUGAAUUAAACACUAAACGGUGGUGUAAUAAAACUGUUUCCUCAAAGA